AUGCCUGGAGUUCACACAUUCUACGAUGGCUCUCGAAUAUUGGAGCCUGUGGCCGAAGGGAUUGGAGUCGAGGUGGAUAUAGUAGGUUUUUAAAGGUUACUUACGUUACUCUAGUUACAAAUAUUAACUUUGAAGAAAAACUAAUUUGUUUAAAAUUUGGGCGAAAGUGCUAAAAUGUACCCAAAAAUAAGUGUUUUGAUAUCUCAAUAUACAAAUGAACGUAUAUUUUAAUGGCCAAGUGUUUUUUAAUCUUUUUUUGCCAGUUAUCUUGCCAUGUUUAUUGUUACAACGUAGUAAUAACGUUAUUAUUACAACGUGUUUCAGCUAAAUUUGGUUUUCUGCCAAAUAAUCUCGAUUCCAAUGGCCAUAUUGUACAGAAACUAUCUUGGACCAGAAACAGUCUCACGGAACAUACGAUUAUGGUCCUCAACAGUUGUAGGCUUGGUACUUUGUUAUUUCUGUUAUGGAAAGUAAGUUGUUUAGUAUAUAAUAGUGUUCUAAUUGUUUAGUUUUAUUCAGUUUUAUUCAAAAAGUGAGGGUUUUGUGACAAGAAAUCUUUCAAAUAGUUUGUUUACUUAAUUUUUGAUGAAGAUUGUAAUUUAGACAUUUAAACUUACAAUUAUGAAGACACUUUUUGGCUUCAACUUUUGAAUCCUAUACCUAAAUUAAUAUAAAUCAUGUUUUAGUGCCAUAAAACAUCCCAUAGCUUUAAUCGCGGCAUCGUAUUCGAUUAUGCGAUGGUCCCCAUCUGUAUAUGUACAUAAAUUGGUGUUUUGUUUUUCUAUGGGAUACUUAAUAUUUAUUCACUGGUUCCGAUGGUACGUACUAACUAGUUAUUCAAUAGACAUCACUGGUCCCAUGAUGGUGCUAACCCAGAAGGUGACUACAAUGGCGUUCUCAUUACAUGAUGGAAAGGUCAAGAAGACCGACGAACUUACUCCUAUUCAGAAGAGAGAGGCCUUAAAGUAGGUAUUUUAUUAAUCUUCGUCGUAAUAUAACAGUUUAUUUAUAAAUUGUUUGGAGAAUAACUUAUCCUUAAUGUAAUAUUAUAAUAUUGUCGUUUAGUGAGAUGCCAUCGGUAUUGGAAUACAUGAGUUAUCUGUUUCACUUCCAAACCAUUCUCACAGGCCCCUUGUGCUUCUACGCUGAUUACAUCGACUUCGUUGAUGGUAAAGAAAUGUCAGAAGAAGAAAGGAGGGUAAGUCAUCGUGUUUUGGUAUAAUAGCUGAAUUUAGAAGAUCAAUGUGUGGCAAGGUGCUCUACCAAAAUUACUGACAUCUCUCGUCUUGAUGAUCAUCGUGGCCAUCUUCCAAAAUGACUACAAGCCAGAAAUCAUCGUUCAACCAGACAAGCUGUUAAUGCCGGCGUAUAGAUGGUGGAUGUUGUACUGGUUCGUCAUCUUCCUGAAGCGCGUACAAUAUUACUAUGCUUGGACGGUCGCUGAUGGAAUCGCGAAUCUGAGUGGAUUCGGAUUCAAUGGUUACGAUGAAGACCACCGACCCAAAUGGGACUUGAUCAGUAACGUGCACAUCAUGAAAUUCGAGGUAUUGAUAUUUAUUAAAAAUAUCAUUUGGCGUUAAGAGAAUAUCAUUUGUGAAGCUCCCAUUUAUUCUUACAGGCUUAACUUUAAUGCUUUUAGCUGGCCUUUAAUUUCAAAGAAAGCCUUGACAAUUGGAACAUAACUACAAUGUAUUGGCUACGGAGGGUAGCCUACGAAAGAGUACCCAAGAAAUAUGGUACUGUAGCAACGUACAUGUUGUCCGCAAUGUGGCACGGUUUCUUCUUAGGGUACUACAUGACCUUCUUGACUGGAGCACUUAUGACUUUGGCCGCCAGAACUGUAAGUUUGAGUUAGCUUCUUUUAUCCCUAGGCGAAUGUAUAAUGCUGAUAAUGUGUUCUUGUCUGCAUUAGUGUUAUGUACACGCUUUCAGGCCCGACGUUGUCUGCGAUACAGAUUCCAACAAACAUUAUUCUGGAGCCGUACUUACGACGUUAUCACGUUUUUAGUAACCAAAACCUCGAUGGCCUACACUACAUUCCCCUUCGUCACCCUACACUUGUAUCCAGCUCUGUACCUUUACAAGUAAGUCGAUUGACAGUUUUCCUCAAGUACAUUUCAGGCAGCUUAACUUCUCUUAUCACAUAUUGGCCUUGUCCAUCAUAUUUUUGCUACCUCUUAUCUUGCCACCUCAACGUCGAUCGAAUGUCGUCGAAGCCAGGAAAAUAGAGUAA